GCAUCUGAUGCUGCUGAAGGGCUGCAUGCGUUGAGAAGCAGCGCAAUGCUGGCUCCUGCUGCUGCUGCUGCUGCAGCAGCAGCAGCAGCAACAGCAGCAGCAGAUGGGGAGCUUCAAUCCCCAACUGCAGCAGAUAAACAAGAGAAGAAGACAGAUGAGUUAGAAGCAGCAUUACAACUCCUUAUCAGAGACGUAGAUGAAGCCCUCGGCCUCAGGAGCAGCAGCAGCAGCAGCAGCAGCAGCAGUGGCGAUGCCUCCGCAGCAGCAGCAGCAGCAGCAGCAGCAACAGCAGCAGCAACAGGGGGCGUUUUUCAGUUGAGUUUGUCUCGCCGCUUUUUAGAUAGGAGGGAAGAACGGAUGCUGCUCUUAGGCACUGCUAACUUUCUCAUUGCGCUCGGAAGGAACUUGGGGCUUUCGACGGAGUGCAUCUGCGCUGCUCUCGGGUUCUUCUACUUGGGGGCGGAGCAGCAGCAGGUGCAGCUGCAGCAGCGGCAGCAGCAGCAGCAGAAGCAGCAGAAGCAGCAGCCGCUGCGCCUAACGAACCGAAAGGCUGCUGCUGCUGCUGCGCUGCUGCUCGCGUGGAAGCUCCUGGAUGAUAGUGAUCCUAUCAAGAGCCAGCGGAGAGUGCAGUGUUUAUCGAGGGCUUUUUAUCGGGUGUCUCAGCAGCAAAAGGCAGCGCAGCUGGCUGCAGUAUACCACCUGCUGCAGCAGCAAGACCAGCAGCAGCAGCAGCAACAGCAGCAACAGGAGAACGGGUUAAGCUUCCCUUUGCAGCAUCAGCAGGCGCAGCAUCAGCAUCAGCAUCAGCAGCAUCAGCAGCAGCAGCAACAGCAUCAUCAGCAGAAGCUGCAGCAGCUGCAGCAGCUGGUAUGCUCUUCUUCAGCUUGGCUGCUUCGUGAUGGGGGCCUCUGCUGCCGCCAGCUGUCUCGGCUGCUGCGACAGAAAGAGAUAUGUUUGCUGCAGUUUAUACAGUUCAACUUGGGGGGCCCCCACCGCUCUCCUGCUUCACUCAGCAGACACCUCAAGCUGCUGCUGCAACCCUGCAGCAACAGCAGCAGCAGCAGCAGCAGCAGCAGCAGCAGCAGCGGGAGCUGCUGCUGCAGCUACUGGCCCAGGAAAGGAAAGGAUUAUGCUGCGCUGCUGCACUCCCUUGAGUGCCGCAGCAGAGAAGAGUUGCUGCUGCUGCAUGCAACACCCCUCGCAAUAGAAUUGGGGGGCCCUGUUGUUGCUGCUGCUGCUGCUGUUGCUGCAGCAAUAGCCUUUGAGAUGCCCUUCCCAGCCGGACGCUGGGCGACGCCCCAGCAGCAGCAGCAGCAGCAGCAGCAGCAAGCUGAGUGUCCUCCCAGCAAGCGGCAUAAAUCAGAGGAGCCCGCCGCAGCAGAAGCAGCAAGUGCCCCUGCUUCUGCUGCUGCUGAACCUGCUGCUGCUACUGCUGCUGCUGCUGCAGUGCAGCAACUUGCUGCCUUUGACAGACACGUGCGGCAGUAUCUGGCGGCUGCUGCUUCUCUUUGUGCAAUGCCUGCAGCAGCAGCAGCAGCAGUUGCAGCAGCGGACCCAGCAGCAGCUCCUCCCGGGGCCUCAUCAGCAGCAACAGCAGCAGCAGCAGCAGCAGCAGCACAACUCGAUCCCCAGCGGGGUAUUAUUAUACACCACAACCCACAAGGGGCCUCAGAGGGGCCCCCACAAGAUCUCCAAGAGGGGGGCCCCCAGGGGGGCCCCCAGGGGGUCCUCCAGAAGGAGGCCCUUAGGGAUGGGGCCCCCCAGGGGGCCCCCAGAAGGGGGCCCCCAGAAGGGGGCCCCCAGAGGAAGGCCUCUUCUGGGGGCCCCAUAGGAGGCUUCUAG